UCGCUUCGGUUGUCAUCUCUAGGGUGGUGGCUGCCGGUAGUCAAAGUCAAUGUGCUAGGAUCAGUUCGUCAACAUAUUUCCCCGGAGGUUGUAGUGUCGAGCUCGAAAUUCAAGAAUUAUAAUAUACGAAAUAAAGUCGACAAAAGUGAAACAAAUAUAAAAAUAAAGCAAUUUGCAUUUUUAUCUGUUUUAAAAUAUUGAAAUAAGUCCAUUAGCCUUUAAAGCAAUUAAAUAAAUACAAAAUGCCGGGACCACUUUUUGGAAAACUUGCUAUUGUGACAGGUGCUGGAUCUGGAAUUGGAAGAGCUGUUUGCAAGGUAUUAGCUCGUGAUGGCGCACGUAUUAUAGCUGCCGACAAAAACAUACAAACUGCCAUGGAAACCAUCUCGAAUUUCGGUGCAGAAUCAAGUGCCGUUGAAGUGGACGUUUCCUCCCUCGACAGUGUUUGCAAAGCUCUUGACACUUGUAUAAAAAAAUACAAGCAACCACCAUCGAUUGUUGUGAACUCGGCUGGAAUUACGCGCGAUUGCUAUCUAUUGAAAAUGGAAGAACGUGAUUAUGACGAUGUUUACAAGGUCAAUCUCAAGGGUACCUUCUUGAUUACACAGCAGUUUGCAAAGGCCAUGGUUCAAUACAAAGUCUCUGGAUCAAUUGUUAAUAUCUCGAGUAUUGCAGCAAAAUUGACAACAAUUGGUCAGGCCAACUAUGCAGCAUCAAAAUCCGGAGUGAUUUCGUUUACAGAAGUUGCAGCAAAGGAAUUUGGUAAAUUCAACAUAAGAGUUAAUUCCAUUUUGCCAGGAUACAUUGACACUCCGAUGGUUGAUGCUGUGCCAGAGCAUAUUAAGGAGAAGGUGUCACGAAUUUGUCCCUUAGGCAGAUUGGGUCAACCAGAAGAGGUGGCUGAGGUGAUUUCGUUCCUGGCAUCAAAGAAGGCUUCGUACAUUAAUGGUGCGUCUGUUGAGGUGACAGGAGGAUUGUCCUAAACUAUGUACCAUAUUAUAUCCCUCAAGUCGAGAGCUCCUGGUCUGGAUAUCAUCACUUAUGUAUAUAAUUCAAUGUGUACAUUUUGAAUUAGUGCAUUUAUCUAUACAUAUAAUAAUAUUCCUGAGUGUUUUUCUUUGGAUAUUAUAUUUUCAGUCUUUAUCUGUGUAAAAUUUUGGUUUUUGUAUUUAAAUAAAAACAAUAUUCUCAUUAUUUUCUUGA